CUCCACACCCCAGCAUGGCUGCGUCCACCAUGUCCGUCUGCUCCAGCGCUUGCUCCGACUCCUGGCAGGUGGACAACUGCCCAGAGAGCUGCUGCGAGCCCGCCUGCUGCACCCCCAGCUGCUGCGCCCCGGCCCCCUGCCUGACCCUGGUCUGUACCCCAGUGAGCUGUGUGUCCAGCCCCUGCUGCCAGGCGGCCUGUGAGCCCAGCCCCUGCCAAUCGGGCUGCACCAGCUCCUGCACGCCCUCAUGCUGCCAGCAGUCUAGCUGCCAGCUGGCUUGCUGCACCUCCUCCCCCUGCCAGCAGGCCUGCUGUGUGCCCGUCUGCUGUAAGCCUGUCUGCUGCAAGCCUGUGUGCUGUGUGCCCACCUGCUCUGAGGGCUCCUCUUCAUGCUGCCAGCAGUCUAGCUGCCAGCCGGCUUGCUGUGCCUCCUCCUCUUGCCAGCAGUCUUGCUGUGUGCCUGUCUGCUGCAAGCCCGUCUGCUGUGUGCCCACCUGCUCUGAGAGCUCCUCUUCAUGUUGCCAGCAGUCUAGCUGCCAGCCGGCUUGCUGCACCUCCUCCCCAUGUCAGCAGUCCUGCUGUGUGCCUGUCUGCUGUGUGCCCAUCUGCUGCAAGCCUGUCUGCUGUGUGCCCACCUGCUCUGGGGCUUCCACUUCAUGCUGCCAGCAGUCUAGCUGCCAGCCGGCUUGCUGCACCUCCUCCUGCUGCAAACCCUCCUCCUCAGUGUCCCUGCUCUGCCGCCCCGUGUGCAGGCCUGCCUGCUGUGUCCCCUCCUGCUGUGCCCCCUCCUCCUCCUGCCAGCCCAGCUGCUGCCGCCCAGCCUCCUGUGUGUCCCUCCUCUGCCACCCGGCAUGCUCCCGCCCGGCCUGCUGAGGCCUCUGCUCAGGCCAGGAGUCCAGCUGCUGACGGGCAGGUCCCAUGUCUCCAGAGUUGUCCCAGGGCCAUCUCUGACUUCCGGAAAUCCUGGUAGCCCUGAGCCCUGGUGGAGUCUCCUCUGCCCAGGGCCACCGUAUCUCCAGUCAGCAGUGCCGAGACUUCACGGCCAAGUUCCCUCCCAGCACUCGCCUCUCCCACACCCUCAGCCCCAUCCUGGACAGCCGGGGCCGCUGUGUCCUGCCCCAUGUGAGUGAUCAGUCUGUCAACAAACAAAGUCACCACUCUG